AUGGAGUUAGUGCUCAAAGGACCAACAAUAGCAAAGUUGACGCAGACCUGUGAUCAGGUAGGCAAUAAAGCCAAAAAAUGGAAGCUAAGAAUUCAACCAGACCAUGAACAAUUGCUUUUUGGGCUACCAGACAAGUGGCAUGGGCAAAGAGAGGAAAGAGAGCAA